ACGCAAAAUCAAUCUCACAUUCUCUGCUUCUCCACCAUGCACCAACUCUCUACCACCGCCCUCACCAUCCUGGCUCUAGCCACAGCAGCAUCCGCAAUCCCCAACCCAAUCUGCUCAGGCCUCUGCAACGGCACAAUCCGGGAUCCCGCUGUCCUCCGCCGCAAAGACGGAACAUGGCUCCGCUUCACCACCGAAGGCAACCUCCGCAUCGCAACCGCACCCUCCAUCAGCGGCCCCUGGACUAGCAACAAAGGCGAAGCCGGCGCCAUGCUCCCAGGAGGCUCAAUCAUCCACGUCGACGACGACCAGCGCCUCUGGGCCCCCAACGUCUUCUACAAAAACGACCUCUUCCACGCGCAUUACAGCGUCUCCACCAUCGGAUCCCAGAACUCGGCCAUUGGCGUCGCCACCAGCGUCACGGGCGAGCCGGGGAACUGGACGGACCACGGCAGCAUCGGGAUCCCCGCCGAUCCACGCUGGAACCGCAUCGAUGCGAAUGUGUUCCAGGAAUGCGCGGCUUGCACGCCGUAUUUGAACUUUGGCUCGCAUUGGGACCAUCUUUUCCAGACUACGCUGACGCAGAAUCUGUUGAAGUGGAGUGGCGACGCGCCUGUGCAUGUUGCGAGGAACACGACGUUUCCGGCGGGUUCGACGAACCAUCCUUCGAUUAUGGAGGGUGCGUUUCAAUGGUGGAUCCCCAAUGUGAAUGGGCAAAAGUACUACUAUUUGUUCUUUUCUUCCGGCGCGUGUUGCAGCAAGCCUGGUGUCAAUGGGGGCUUGGCGCCGCAGGGCGACGAGUACAAAAUCAUGGUGUGCAGGAGCGACAAAGUCUCUGGGCCGUUCUUCGAUAAGACGGGAAAGAACUGUUUGUCGCAGAAUGGGGGUUCUUUGGUUCUUGGGAGCCAUGGGGAUACGUUUGCGCCUGGUGGUCAGGGUUUGGUGCAUGAUCCUGAUGUGGAUCGUGUUGCGCUGUACUUUCACUAUGUUAACAAAGCCGAUGGCACCUACAGCGAUUUCCGAUUUGGGUUUAACUGGAUCGACUUUUCUUCGGGUUGGCCAGAGGUCGUGGAGUAA